AUGAAUUCAUGCCAAGUCGAACAAGUCAACAAGGCCCCAGAACUCGGGGACUUUCCCGACGAGAUUCUGGACAAAAUAUUCAGCCACCUCCUAAACCCAAGAGAAAAACAACGCCUACUGUUAGAUUGGCUUGGUCACAUUUUUCAGGUUCGCGCAGUGUGUCGUCGCUGGAAUAAUAUCGCUUCUGUACAUCUACUACACACUUUGCCGCUCUGGCAUACCGAAAUCACUAUAAAUGACAAGUUCAGGGCGUGGCACAAACUCAUUGACUCAUUGCGAGUCAGGGACGCUGCUCGCCGCGUUGUCAUCGACACAGUGGCUCAUAGUAAUCACUUCUUAAGUGAUGAAUGCUUAGUGCACAAGUGGCCUCAAUCUUGGAAAGAGGGUGAAUGGCCCGAGUUCCUAUCUGCCAUAAGUUUGACCCGCCAUCUGCCCAACCUUGAUGCGAUAGAGGUGCGCUUCUCAGCAGCCUGCACCGGUCCCGAAGGAGAGCUUGAAGGAAGGCACCUGUCACGUUUUACAGGCCUGGAAAUCACCGAGCCGGCGGAGACUCGCCUCUAUACCCUCGAAGCCGUUGCGAAAGCUAUGAUCGAACGGACUAAACGCCAUCAAAGCUUGAGACUGGUUGAAGAAUUGGUUUUGGAGAAUCUACAAAACAUGCGUUUGAAUAGAGAUCUUGUGAAAUAUGUUUCAUCUGAACAUCUCAAGCGUCUACACAUCAAAGUCACCCACGAGGGCGGGUCAACUAUCGAAAAACGAAAAAAAAAGCAGUUCAACAAUCUACCGGCAGGAAACAAUCUUGUUGAAUUAACACUCUCUGGUGAAUACUGGGGCGCUAUUCCAGGAGAAUUCAACGGCGGUAAACUGUCAUUUCCGACAUUAAAGACUUUAACCUUGGAAGGUUUUGAAAUUUUACGUCAAGAUCAAUUUGAUUGGAUAUUACGGAUAAGAUCUCUUACAAGGCUGCAUCUCCAUUGCUGCCCAAUUAUUACCCAUUGCCUUGUCUUUCAACCCGAGUUUGAUUACUGGAAUGUCAACCUACAAGGUUGGAAGAGAGUUCAGGAUGCCAAUUAUGAUCCCGCGACACAUCCUGACCGAUAUAAGGUGCCUCAUGAACCAGACCUUGACGCACUUGAGCCUGGCUGGUAUGUUAACCCCUUGAGGUGGAACACUCUAUUUGACAGUAUCUGCGAAAAUCUGCCUCUAUUAGAGGACUUUACUUUUGAUGCGCAGAGGUGGGCAAACUACUUUCGUCACAUUGAAAACCCUUUCAACGAGGACAUGAUGACAUUCCGAUAUGUGGGGUUCGCCCACAAACGGCGUUGCCUCCAAAGCGUAUCGCUUUAUCUUGAUGAGACUAUGGACGAGUGUAAUUAUGUGCAGGACGAUAUGCUAGGGAAACCAAAAGAAAUAAUCAAGGUGGCUGAACCGGCGGAUCGCCAGGCGCUGGACAAGCUGCUCCAAACAAUUCAAGAGCGGCGCAAUGGGAAGCAUGCCUCUGUGGAAGACGAUAACCCCAGGGAUCUAAAACGAAUCAGAUAUAACUGA